AUAUGGCAAUACAUCCCAUUUGGUUUUGGCAUAUAACAAAUCAAGGUGGGAGCCUUGGUGGCUGCGCUUGCUCACGUCGCGGCCUUUGGAAGCACUCAGCCGCGCGCUAAAUGCGGCGCGGGCUAAUCCCGUUAAACGACCGUCGAUCGCCGCUUCUUCGCGAUUAGCGUCGCGCACGCGCGCGCGCGCGGACACCAAAGGCGCACCGAGACCUCGUCGGCUCGCUCAAGGACGCCGCGCGGGGGGCCCGCCCGGACCGACCGUCGCCCUCUUCGGUGAGCGGCUCGCGGACGGACGCUACGAUCGAGUCGGGCUUCGCCGAGCAGCCUUUAAACAAAGCUGCCACUUAGUCGAAGAGCUGCGCCUGCCCUUUUCGACGGCCUUGAUUUCUCGGUGUCGAUCGUCAGCCGCGCCUGGAGGCCAAGGCGUUGGCUUUACCGUUUUGAGCCCUCGUCGCUUCUUCCCGUCGUUGUUGUUGUUGUUGUCGCCGCUGCGUUAAGAGGCUUUGCGGAGGUCGGCGCUUGUCUUUCUCCUGCAGCGGACAAUUGCAAGCAGAGCGGACCGAAACUAGUUCAACGUCACGUUGGCGGCGGAUGGAUUUGCGGUUCCCUUUUUAGCCCAAUUUAAAAAGGGCGCGAGGAGGGAACGAAGCCGAGACGGGCUUCCGGUGCCUUCGCCUCCACCGAACCCCGGCGCACGAGUAGACUCGCGCGGAGUGCUUUCGGUCUUCUGUUUCCAGCCCGAUUUUCAAGGCUCGCCAACGAGACGUCUCGUUCCCAUCGGGCCGAGCGGCCAUGCGCGCCGCCCCGAGGCCGUCAUGAGCGCGGCGAGCGAGGACCACGACGGCGAGCUGGCCGACGUGCUGGCGGCCAUGAGCGUCAAGGCGGCGCCCGACGCCGCCUCCCGCCGGGCCCGCCUCUCCGACCGGAAGCUGUCGCUGCAGGAGCGCGGCGGCCGCGUGGUCAGGCAGCCCACCGUGGAGACCAAGAGGGUGUCCAUCACUGACGAGCAGGACUUUGUGCAGCUCAACCAGUACAAGCUGAAGAAGGAGAUCGGAAAGGGCUCUUACGGUGUGGUCAAGCUGGCUUACGAUCAAGACUCUGAACAGUAUUAUGCCAUGAAGGUUGUUUCCAAGAAGAGGCUCAUGAAGCAGUUUGGUUUUCUGCGUCGCGCUGCGCCGGGCCAGCAGGAGGCCUUCCCCAAAGCCUCCAUGCCGCUGGAGAAGAUCUACCGGGAGAUCGCCAUCCUCAAGAAGCUGGACCACCACAACGUGGUCAAGCUGGUGGAGGUGCUGGACGAUCCUGAUGAAGACGGCCUUCACAUGGCGUUCGAGCUGAUGACCCAAGGCCCGGUGAUGGAAGUGCCCACGGACGAGCCCCUGACAGAAGAGCGAGCUCGCUUUUACUUCCGAGACCUCGUGCUGGGCAUGGAGUAUCUGCACUACCACAAAAUCAUCCACCGGGACAUCAAACCGUCCAACCUGCUGCUGGGCGACGACGGCCACGUCAAGAUCGCCGACUUCGGCGUCAGCAACGAGUUCGAGGGGGCCGACGCGCUGCUGUCCGGCACGGCCGGCACGCCGGCCUUCAUGGCGCCCGAGACCAUGGAGGAACACCGCCCCGAAUUCAGCGGAAAGGCGCUGGAUGUGUGGGCCAUGGGGGUGACACUCUUCUGCUUUGUCUACGGGAAGUGUCCCUUUUAUGACGAGUACGUGGUCUCCCUGUACAACAAGAUCAAGAACAAAGCUGUGGAAUUUCCACAAACGCCCGAGACAAGCGACGCGCUCCGGGAUCUCGUCGGCAACAUGCUGGACAAAAACCCGCAGAGCAGAAUCACGCUCCCAAACAUCAAACUCCACCCGUGGGUGACGGAGUACGGCGCGUGCCCGCUCCCCCUGGAGGAGGAUCACUGCACGGCGCUGGAGGUGAGCGCCGAGGAGGUUGAGAACAGCGUGACGCUGAUCUCCAGCCUCUCGACGGUGAUCCUGGUAAAGUCCAUGCUUCGCAAGCGCUCCUUCAGCAACCCCUUCGAGUGUCCGGCCCGACGGGCCCACAGGUCCAUGUCUGCCCCCGGUGGGCUUCUCACGAAGAGCAGCCGCGAUGGCAGCCGCGACGGCGAACUGGAAGACUUGUACGAAGACGAGGCGUUCGCCGAGUGCGCCGACGCCGCCCAGACCUGAGGUCGCCCUCGUUUUCUUUUUAGUUUCUUCUUUCCGCUUUUAACGCGCAUAGAUCGGGAAACGAGCGGCGUAGGCCACACGCUAACGUUCCAAUCGACGGCAUUGUUGUCAAAGAAUACCGCUUCCCGAUUUGCCUCCGAGAAUAAAAAGACGUCCGCCCA